AUGAUGGCCUACACAGUUGCUGACAACGACGCCGCUAAUUCCACUGCAAACGCGGCAAUUCCGUCGCAGAAACGCGACGUGUACGUCACGGGGUUCGGCAAGUUCGGCGAUAUCCUGGAGAACCCCACGACAUUCCUGGCCAAGAAACUGGAAGAGCACCAUAAAGUGACGGAGUCGCACGUCCUUGAAGUGUCCGCAGAGGCUUGUGUUGAGGCCCUAGCAGACAUGUAUGCCAGAGCAGAGGAACGCGGACGCCCCUGCAUCUUUUUGCACUUUGGAGUGAGCGCCGUCGCACGUUCAGUCAAGCUGGAGCAGGUGGGCUACAACGUGGCGGACUUCCGUAUCCCGGACGAGAGGGGUUACGUCGCCAAGGAUGAAGUGAUCCACGAAGGCGAGCCGGACAACAUGACAACUAAAGUGCCUCUCGAGGAGAUGCUAAUGACGUUGCAGGCCAUGCACCUGAAAGUUAGUAUUUCGACCGAUCCGGGGCGUUAUAUUUGUAACUACGUCUACUACCGGUCGCUUGUGUGGGCCAAACGCCAGGCGACCAAGGGUCACUCGAGGCACCUUGUGCUGUUCGUACACGUGCCAGAGUUCCGGACUCUAGGUUUUGAGGACCAGAUGGCACUUGCGUCCAGGAUCGUGGACAUGGUGGCCGACCUGUAA